AUGACGGCACGUCAGGAUACGGAUGUCCUUUCCCUCAGAGUUAUGCGGCUCAAUCGCCCACAGUUUGUGAGGCAACAGUGUGAACCAGCUGAACUCUAUAUAGACGAUAUCGCAAGUGCAUUAACCACCGCUGAUGCUGGGGUUCGUGCAGACCUAGAUGGUGUGGCGUUGCAUCGUUUAUCAAUAAGUGAUUGCGCUCAAAACGAUGGAACGGAGGGGUUCACCAUGGGAGAUCAAGGCGACCAGGAGAAGACUGAAGCAGAUCACACUGAAGAAGCACAGAACCACCUUGUCCGGGUUAAAAUCGGAGGCCCAGGAGAGCUACUUGGUUUGCCACAAUCGUUUGGAUCUACCUAUCUGGGUGAAACUUUCUCUGCACAUGUGAACUUGCACAAUGAAAGCAACCAAAUAUGCUACAAUGUGGAGCUUAAAGUUUCAUUACACAACCGCAUUGAAUGGGUCACUUUGUCCACAACUGGGACACUUACAGGAGCAUCCCUUCCUGCGCAGUCACCGUCCAGCCCUGAAAUGAGUAGCCAGCGCAGUUGUUCCGGUGGUGUGGACCUCCAUCCCGGUCAAUCCCUCAACGCCAUAAUUCAUCAUGAGUUGAAGGAGUUGGGAAUUCACACAUUACGCUGCGUUGCUUCCUACUGUUUGUCCUCCACAGCCUCGACCGGAAGCCAAAGUGUAGUAAGCCCACUCACACCAAAGUCUCCGAACCAAUGGACCGGUGAUCCAUCGGCUUUAGAAUCAUUCACAUUCCAACGACUUUACAAAUUCCCCGUUAGCAAACCUCUGGAUGUGAAAAAGAAGUUCUCAGCGGUCGACUCGAAUGGAUGCGUGUUCAUGGAGGCCGAAGUACAAAAUCUCACAUCUGUUCCAAUUUACCUUGAGAGGGUCGUUUUCGAGCCCAGCCCGAAUAUGCGCGUCGUGGACCUAAACACUAUCGAUGAUGGAAAAUCCAGUGUACCGACUUGCGGUGAUCUACGAUGCCUUCGCGCGCAUGACAUUCAGCAGUUUUUGUACAAACUGAUUCCCGACUCAAGCCUGUUGGCCAAAUCACCUGGUCAAAAGAUGUCAGUCCGGAGUACACAGGGUCAAGUUCGACAACCAGUUCCUUCCGGGUCCGUCACAGCCUCACAGCUACAACAACAACAGCCACUUUCGGCCGGUCGACUGGAUAUCACCUGGCGUUCGACUAUGGGUGAGCGUGGUCGUCUGCAAACAAGUUCACUGAAAUACGAGCUUCCACAUCUGGGAGACUUACAACUAAAAGCGUUGAGCCUUCCUGCCACGGUUCAGAUGGAACAGCCGUUCCAAAUCACGUUGGAGCUAACAAACCGAAGCACACAACAUAUGGAUUUGAUGUUGGAUCUUCGAAGCAAACCUGAAACCGAUAACUCAAACGAAUGUUCUUUCCGUUCCUUACCUCCGCUGGCGUGGGUUGGAUUAACCACUUGUCGUCUGGGCAUGUUGCCCCCAGGUCGUUCAAUGCCCCUGUCGUUGAGUCUGAUGGCGACUGUCCCUGGUCUUCAACAUGUCUCCGGCGUCCUCAUUCAUGAAAAUACGACGGAACGGGACUAUGAGUUCGGCGACUUGGGCCAAGUACUCGUUUGCUCCUGAUGCACCGCUCAGAGCUUCCAGUUAACCAUCCUGGUCAUUACAGCUGAGAUGUGACUCCACUGGUGAUCUACCCCCCUGAAACUACUUGGUCUUGUUCACCCAAUGCUCUCUUCUUGCACUUCAUAUAAGUUGUUCACGUGAAA